AGACAUGAGGUGGCUGGGAGUGGUCUGGUCUCACUGCUCUUUUUUUCUCUUUUUUUUCCCUUCUCCCACCCCUCUCCCUGUUUCCUGUCCCAGCUUGUGAACACCUUCUUUAGUUUCCUGAGGCGUAAAACGGAUUUCUUCACUGGUGGAGAAGACGGAGUGGCAGAGAAGCUGAUCACAGAUACCUUCAGCCACCACAACAAACUGGCCCAGAAGGAGCGGAAGGAGAAAAAAGCCCGUCAGGAGGCAGAGCGGCGCGAAAAGGCAGAGCGAACCACGAAACUUGCCAAAGAAAAGCAAGAAGCAAACGAGCCGAAGAUUAAGGAACUUACAGAUGAGGAAGCAGAAAGGCUGCAGCUGGAAAUCAGCCAGAAAAAAGAGGCACAAGGACAGGUUAACAGUGUCCCAGUGAAACCCUCGGAGGAUGAAGGCGAAUCUUCGGAUUCUAACAAACAGGAAACAGAUGACGAAGAGGAAGACGAGAAGGAUAAAGGAAAACUUAAACCCAACUCUGGCAAUGGAGCUGACCUUCCAAAUUACAGAUGGACACAGACUCUUUCGGAACUGGAUCUGGCCAUCCCUUUCAAGGUGAACUUCAGGUUGAAGGGGAAGGACGUGGUGGUGGAUAUCCAGAGACGGCGCCUCAGAGUUGGCCUGAAGGGCCAUUCGCCUGUCAUCGAUGGAGAGCUUUUCAAUGAGGUGAAGGUGGAGGAGAGCUCCUGGCUGAUUGAAGAUGGCAAAACAGUCACCCUGCACCUGGAGAAGAUCAACAAGAUGGAAUGGUGGAACAAACUGGUCUCCACAGACCCAGAAAUCAACACCAAGAAAAUCAAUCCAGAGAACUCAAAGCUGUCAGACCUGGACAGCGAGACCCGCAGUAUGGUGGAGAAAAUGAUGUACGAUCAGCGGCAGAAAUCCAUGGGCCUCCCCACCUCGGACGAACAGAAGAAGCAAGACAUCUUGAAAAAGUUCAUGGAACAGCACCCAGAAAUGGACUUUUCCAAGGCGAAAUUCAACUGAGCCCUCCCCUUCUCCCCCUGCCUCCCUUUCAGUCAGCCCAUGGAAUGGGGCAGGAUACAUAUUGCCGGAUAAGUAGGGAUCCCUUGAUCAAGUGAACUCUUCCCGCAGCCCCACCGGAG